AUGCACAUGCUCGACCACGGCGUCCGCUGGGCUGUGGAGGAGCUUGGCGCCAGAUGGGGGAGGUCUUGGUCAAGGACGGGCCCGCCGCAAGCGAUCGCCGGGUGGGUCAUGCCGGCUCUUAUGCCAGCUCUGGAAGACACCGCACGACCCAAGGCUCCUUGGGAAGCCAAAUUUCAGCAAACUUCAUUAGCCUUAAGGUUCUUCACGGAGAUCAGUCACAGCGUAUGGUUAAAUUUAAGAUGCCCGGCGGAGGCACUCUCCUGCUACCCGAGUCAGACGCAACUUACGGAAGCCUUAAUCGAGCUACAGGGUGGACGCAGCGCGGGAAACAGACCCGCCGAUCCCAAUGGCCAGCCCGACCCGGGCACGCAUUGGGCUAAGACCACCACCGGCAAACACAAAGUCUUCGUAGAUGGCGGGGAGCCCAAGGAUGAGGAAGAAUUGGUGGUAGGAUUGACAGCGGAGGGCAUCCUCAGGGGUCCAAGGUCGAUCGCCACAAGCUGAUUAGUGUUGGCCGUAAGGUCGGGAUCUAGUGGGAGCCAGGACAGUCAUUACCUAAUCUCAAAGAAGGAAUAUAGCUUCAGUCUCUACCAUUAUUUUAAGUCAAGACCGGUUCUCGUUGCCGCACCGGUGAC